GCUGCACCAGACCCCACAGCUUUCCAAGGUCACAUGAAACCCUGAGUUGGCUGCUCUAUGCUAGGCCCACCCGCAGACUAGAAGCCUCGCUGUAAAUCCUCUGCAAGCUACUGCACCUGGCAAGGGAAACCAGCCAGCUGGCCCCCAGAGCUGACCAGGUCCCCACCACAGCCUUCCAGCCUUCCUUUUCUUCUCCCGGGAGCAUACCCUGUGUUCAGCCAUGGUCGAUAUGGGGGCCCUGGACAACCUGAUCGCCAACACGGCCUACCUGCAGGCCCGGAAGACCUCGGAUGGAGACAGCAGGGAGCUGCAGCGGCGACGCCGGAGCCUGACCCUGCCUGGGCCACAGAGCUGCACCCAGCUGCGCCAGUCCCUGCCCCAGGACUUCAACAGCCUUUGCGAGCAGCAGCCCAUCGGCCGCCGUCUCUUUCGGGACUUCCUAGCCACGGUGCCCCCAUACCAAGAGGCCGUGGCCUUCCUCGAGGAGGUGCAGAGCUGGGAGCUGGCUGAGGAGGGCCCCGUCAAGGGCAGCAUGCUGCAGGGGCUGGUGGCCACUUGUGUGGCUGCCUCUGCUCCAGGGCACCCGCACCCCUUCCUCAGCCCAGUGCUGGCCACCAAGUGCCAAGCAGCCACCGCCAAGGAAGAGCAGCUAGCCCUGGUAGCACAGGCCAAGGCCGAGGUCAUGGCCUUCCUGCAGGACCAGCCCUUCCAGGAUUUCCUGGCCAGCCCCUUCUAUGACAAGUUUCUGCAGUGGAAAGUCUUUGAGAUGCAACCGGUGUCAGAAAAGUACUUCAAUGAGUUCCGAGUCCUGGGGAAAGGUGGUUUUGGGGAGGUGUGUGCUGUCCAGGUGAAAAACACUGGUAAGAUGUAUGCCUGUAAGAAACUGGACAAGAAGCGGCUGAAGAAGAAAAAUGGUGAGAAAAUGGCUCUUUUAGAAAAGGAAAUCUUGGAAAAGGUCAGCAGCCCUUUCAUCGUCUCUCUGGCCUAUGCCUUUGAGAGCAAGUCCCAUCUCUGCCUUGUCAUGAGCCUGAUGAACGGGGGAGACCUCAAGUUCCACAUCUAUAGUGUGGGCACGCGGGGCCUGGCCAUGAGCAGGGUGGUCUUCUACUCGGCCCAGAUGACCUGUGGAGUGCUGCACCUCCACUCCCUCGGCAUCGUCUACCGGGACAUGAAGCCUGAGAACGUGCUUCUGGAUGACCUCGGCAACUGCAGACUGUCUGACCUGGGGCUGGCCGUGCAGAUUCAGGACGGCAAGCCUGUCACACAGAGGGCUGGAACCAAUGGUUAUAUGGCUCCUGAAAUCCUAAUGGAAAAAGUGAGUUAUUCCUAUCCUGUGGACUGGUUUGCAAUGGGAUGCAGUAUUUAUGAAAUGGUUGCUGGACGAACACCAUUCAAAGAUUACAAGGAGAAAGUCAGUAAAGAGGAUUUAAAGCAAAGAACCCUGAAAGAAGAGGUCAGAUUCCAACAUGAUAACUUCACAGAGGAAGCAAAAGAUAUUUGCAGACUCUUCUUGGCUAAGAAACCAGAGCAACGUUUAGGAAGCAGAGAAAAGUCUGAUGAUCCCAGGCAACACCCUUUCUUCAAAACCAUCAAUUUUGCUCGCCUGGAAGCUGGCCUAGUUGAGCCCCCAUUUGUGCCAGACCCUUCAGUGGUUUAUGCCAAAGACAUCGCUGAAAUUGAAGAUUUCUCUGAGGUUCGGGGAAUCGAAUUUGAUGAUAAAGAUAAGAUGUUCUUCCAAAGAUUUGCAACAGGUGCUGUCCCUAUAGCAUGGCAGGAAGAGAUUAUAGAAACGGGACUGUUUGAAGAAUUGAACGACCCCAACAGGCCUGCAGGUUGUGGUGAUGGUAAUUCAUCCAAGUCUGGUGUGUGUUUGUUAUUAUAAGUUGUUCUCUCCACCAGAUAGGCAGCAGGAAUCUCAGCUGACAUAAUCCUCGAAUGUUCCUAACACAUGAAAAUCUGUUGAAUGAGGACUGAUCAAUCAGGAGGGGCAUUUCAACCAUAGAACAAUUCAAAGGACAGGUGAGCUCACCACUAGGACACAUUUUUCUCCCUUCCCCCUCCCCUCCUCCCCCUCCCCUCCUCUUCCUCCCCCCUCCCCUCCUUUCCCCUCUCUCCUUCCCUUCCUCUUCUCUCCUUUCCUCUCCUCUCCUUCUUUCCUUCCUUCUUUCUCUCUCUCUCUUUCCCCCUACUUCUUUCUUCUUUCUCUCUUUUUUCAUAAAGAUGAGUAAAGUCUCAGUUUUCACUGAGGCCUGGGAAAAGGAACACUCAGGUUUAUUUUGAUAAACUAAAAGCAUGAGCCCUCCACCAUCACGUCCCUGAUAAUUACACAAAGUCCUAGGAAUAGAGAAUGGAACGUUGUGGUAUACUCAGAAAAUGAGCAUUUGCAAUUCUUGGUAAAUAAUCAUUUUAGUUUUUCUUUGUUUAUAUCCUUUCUUCCCUUCAUCUUUCAGUAUUUCUUCUGCUUCUGUACUUAUAAAAAGGAUUUGGAAGCUGGAAAUAAAUGUUCCUGAUAUUCUCCCCCUAAAAAGGAGUGGAUUGUAAUAUACUGGCAGUAUUUUAAAUUACAGAAUAAUUUUUAAUUUACCGAGAGUCUCUUUUUCAUAUUUUUGAAAUAUUUUACCAUUAUAAUGUUGAAGUAUUUUAAAUGGAAACAUUCAUGAGAUCUGUGAAUUAAGGUAUUCUGUAAGUUGAGUCCUUUAGGUAACAUGCCACAAAUUUUAAUGUAGCUACAUGCUACAUGUAUUUUUCCACAUGCCAUUGGUUCCCAAACUUUGCUGAACUUUAGAAUCACCUAGGGAUCUUUUAAAAAUACCAAUAUCUGACUCCUACCCCCAUAUUUUAAUUGAUCUGGGGGAGGCAGCCUGGGCAUCUAGAUUUUCAGAAGCUCCCCAGGUACUUCUGAUGUGUGGCACGUUUGAGAACCAGAGCCAUGUAGGCUGAAAUGCUGUUAUGUAUGGGUUCCUAUCUUGGUUGCUCAAAGUUUCAAUUAUACAUUUGACAGCAACUUUUCAAAUACCCAAAAAACAUGUAAUUUUGGCAAUUGCAGUAUAUAUGAAACUGAACAUCAUCUAUAUUCAUCUUGUAGACUUUCCUGUCCUUGUACACGUUAGUUCUUCCCACAUAUCUUGUGAAGUAGACUCUUGGCUAUUUCAAGACCUGAAGGAGAAAUAUGGCCUUUGGCAGCUGAUUUGAACA